AUGGAACACGCCCAGCAUCUCGUAACGAGCUACGCUCAAGCAAACAAGGACCUCGCCUUUUCGAUCAAGUCAAGGCUAUCCUAUAGCUCUGCUAAUGGCUCUGUGAAGCUGUUGUGCAAUGGUAGCAUUCUUGUCACAAGUGCAUCGACAGAACUAGAGGGCAAUGCCCUCCAAGAAGAAAGGCAGCUUGUGAUCUUGUGCAUGUCGUGUUGCACACAAGUUGAUACCCCGCCUUCUACAAAUUCUCUAUCAACAGACAAGCUACAUCCACUUCUUCUUGUCAUGGCGGACAAUCACAUCAUCCUCGAUGUCUCCGGUCGCAAAUUUCGCACUUCAAAAUCCGUUCUUUCAGUCUCGCCUUACUUUGAAAGUCUACUCACACGAUGGGAAGACUGUGCAGACUUGCAGGCCGACGGCUCCUGUUACGUCGACGCGGAUGCCGAUACCUUCGAGCAUAUCCUAAACUUCAUGCGCCGACCCUCGAGAUUUCCUCUCUACUGGAAUAAGAAAGACGGCUUUGACUAUGCGCUCUACUGUCGGGUAGAAGCAGAAGCGGAUUAUUUCAUGUUGGAGGGACUGCGGGAUUGGAUCAGACAAGCCAAGUACCUUCAGGCAGUAUCAACAACUCUACACAAAUACAGCGCAACAGAUGACCAAAGAUUUGACGGCGAUGUCAUUGUCGAGAAAUACGUCGUCAGGAAGGCUGCUGUUGUUCUUUGUCCUGCAGGGAUCCAUGGAAACCGCAGGAAUUGCCCAUUGAAAGAGAUGUGCUCAAAACUAAUAGAGGCCAACGGAUUGCAGAUGAGUGGUCCAGAGGAUGAGCUUAUUGUGGCUGUUACAAGUUUUCAUUUCAACAACGCGAUCCUGGUUAACAAUACUCCCUAA